AUUUCCUCGAUCUGAUUGAAUUACGCGAGUAGUCAGGUCAAUGAAUCAGAUUGCUUAAUACUAAUACGGAACGUUGUUAAAUUCGCAAACGUAUCAUCAGUAUGAUCGAUGAAUUCAUUCCGAAUACAGUGAGUUGCAAUAUUGUGAAAUUUAUCUAACGACAAAUUAGUGAAUAAGAACAUUGAAUGUUGUUUCUUUGUUAUUUACAGCUUUGUUAUUUACAGAGAAACACAGCUGUUUUUAUUACAACCAGAAAGAUACUUAAUAACAUUAUAAAACAACAUUCUGGUUUUAAAUCACUAUGGAAAAGUUGAAGUUCACAUUCAAAAUGCUGGCUGCUUCAGAUGGGAAGUCAAAUGUGCUUUGUGUGACCAGAAUAACUACAACGGAUGAAAAUACAUUCAAAAUCCCAAAUGAGUAUUCAAAUGCAUUAUUACAUGUAGAAUUACUAAAAACUGCGGCAUAUACAAAAAUCAAGAAAACUUGCUCACAAAGAGGCCAAACAAGGAGAGUGUGGGUGAGUUUAACAAAAGAAAUGAGAAAUACUUAUUUCGAUGAGGAUGGAAAUAUCCAGUUUGAAAGCGUAUACUUAGAGGAAGUGAGUGAAGAAAGCAGUGACACAACUACAAGUACUAGUGCUCCAGAACAUUCAUUAGAAAAAUUAUUAGAGAAGAUACUGAAGAAAAACCAAGAAAAUAGUGGAGAGAGAAAUGUGGGUAAAUUGGCCACAGAAUUUACUAUCGGAAAAUUUGAUGGAAAAAAUGCAAAUGCAGAGCAAUGGUUAAGAAGUUUUGAAAAAGAAUGUGAAAGAUUCGAAAUUGAUGAAAAUUGUAAUAAAAUAGAAAUUUUGAAAUCAUUUAUGGAAAAAGUUGCUGCAGAUUGGUAUGAUUGUACUCUAUUGAAACUCACUAUCACAGCAGAAUGGAAUGAUUGGAGAGAAAAUUUUUGUAAGACUUUCUCAUGUAAAGGUUGGUCUCCAAUAAAAUAUGCAAUAGCAUUUAGAUAUCAAGCGGGCUCACUAUUAGAAUAUUCUAUGAAGAAGGAAAAAUUACUAUUACAAGUAAGAAAAACUAUGGAUAGUGAUACGCUUGUUGAUCUUAUUGCUAUGGGUUUACCCAACUUCAUAUUAGACAAAAUUGAUAGAGAAAAAAUAGUGAAAUCUGAAGAUCUACAUAAUGAAUUGAAUAAAUUAGAACAUUUAACCAUGAAAAAAAAUUCAGAAGUCAAAAAGUUUAAGCCUGACUUUAAGGAAAAACGGAGAAAAUACCUUGUAAAAUAUGCAAAGAUAAUUACAAAGGAACAAGAUUUCAUCCCGAAAUGGAAUGUUGGUUUAGAGACCCAGAAAAGAAAGGUAACAAACUGA